CCCCGCGGAUACUGCGGCCGCGGUGUGUAUGUGGCGUGUCCUCAGGACCCUGGGAACCAGAGCGGCGUCCCUUCCUCCGCGUCUUCUCUUCUCCCUUCCUUUCCUCAUUUAGUCAGUAAAAAAACAUUGAUUUAGCAUCUGCCAUAAGCUCUUUCUCCCCCUCCUCUUAAUAAUAACCAGCAUUUAUACAGCUCUUUACCAAUAUUCCCGCAAUCGAACCUCACAACAACCCAGGAGGUCUGCCUUUUAAAGGGUCCGCUCUUCUAGAAAGAAGUAUGGAGGAGAAAGGAAUGGUCCCUGUGAUUCUAACGGCAAUAUGCCAGGAAUCAGUGACAUUCAAAGAUGUGGCUGUGGACUUUACCCAAGAAGAGUGGGGACAACUGAACCCUGCUCAGAGGGAAUUGUACAGGGAUGUGAUGCUGGAGAACUACAGGAAUCUGGUCUCCUUGGGGUUUCCAGUUUCCAAACCAGAGGUGAUCUCCCAUUUGGAGAGAGGAGUCCUACCAUGGAUGUUGGAAAGAAAAUUCCCAAGAGUCUCCCGCCCAGAGUCUAUUAGUUGGGAAACUGGCUGUGAAACAAUGGAGUCACCUUCAACACAGAGCAUUUCUAUGGGAGAGCCCUUUGAGGAAGGACUCAAGAAUGGUUCCUGGAUUUCCAAGCUAGGAGAAGUCUGGGAAUGUAAUCUCAAGUUAAAUCAACAAAAGUGUUACCAGGAAAGGCAGUCUCAUCAAGUGACAGUUAUCCCCAGAAAAGUUUCUACUAAGGUUAAUGUUGAUGAAUGUAAUACAUUUGAAACAAACUUUAGUCUGGGACCAGUCCUUUUUGUCCAACAGAGAGUUGAUACAGAGGGAAGUAUGUAUAAGUAUGAUAAACCUGUAGAAAACUUUAAUAAGUAUUCAGACCAAUUUAAGCAUCAUGGAAUUAUUUUUGAGAAGAUGUGCAAAUAUAAUCAGUGUAGGAAUUCAUUCUGUUAUCAUUCAGAUCUUAAUGAACAUUAUGGAAAAUAUGUUGAGGAAAAAACAUCAGACACUGGUAAUAAAGGUCAGAAAGAUUUUAGAAACAACUCAUCCUUUACAAAUAACAAGAAAAUUCAUACUGCUGAGAAACCCUUUCCUUGUAGUGAAUGUGGGAAAGCCUUCAGCCAGAGAGGCAACCUUACUGAGCAUAAGAGAACUCAUACUGGAGAAAAACCCUUUGAAUGUAAUGAAUGUGGGAAGUCUUUUAGCCGUAGUGCACAUCUUACCGAACAUAAGAGAAUUCAUACUGGAGAAAAACCUUUUAUAUGUAACGAAUGUGGAAAAUCCUUUAGCCGUAGUGGACACCUUACUGAACAUAAGAGAGUUCAUACUGGCGAAAAACCCUUUGAAUGUCAUGAAUGUGGGAAGUCCUUUUGCUGGAGUGGACAGCUUACUGAACAUAAGAGAAUUCAUACUGGGGAAAAACCCUUUGAAUGUAAUGAAUGUGGAAAAUCUCUGAGCAACAAUUUUCGCCUUACUCUACAUCGGAGAAUUCAUACUGGAGAAAAACCCUUUGAAUGUAAUGAAUGUGGAAAAUCCUAUAGCCGAAGUGGACACCUUAUUGAUCAUAAGAGAAUUCAUACAGGAGAGAAACCAUAUGAGUGUAAUGAAUGUGGGAAAUCCUUCAGCCAAAGAGGACAUCUUACUAAACAUCAGAGAAUUCAUACUGGAGAGAAACCUUUUGAAUGUAAUGAAUGUGGGAAAUCCUUCAGCCAGAGGGGAAAUCUUACUGAACAUGAGAAAAUUCAUGCUACAGUGAAGCCCUUUGAAUGUAAUAAGUGUGGGAAAGUUUUCAGUCGGAAAUCUUACCUUCGUCUCCAUCAGAGAAUUCAUCCCUUAGAGAAAACCAUUGACUGUACUUGAUGGGAAAAAAAGAUUUCCACUGUAGUUAUUGCCUUAUUUGAUAUGAAUGAGUGUGUUAAGGGUUAAAAUUCUAGCUAAACUGUCUAAAAUAUCUAA